GGACGCGGGCAUGCAACGCUCCGCAGCCGCCUGUCUUGGCAAACGUUUCACAUCCCUGUCCCCAGGCAUGUGCGCCUAGAAAGAAGCUGGAUCUAUCACGAGUCCACGGCGGGCCAGCCACACUGUGGGUUACUGCGGACCAGAAGAAGUGCCCAGAUGUCAAUGGUCCCCGCCUUUGAGAGUCGAUGACAGACCGGUACUUGCUUGUGGUUUGGAGGGAGACUGGUAUUGGAUUUUUGAAUUCCAAAUUACAUGCAGAAUGCUGAAUCUUCUAAUCAAAAGGGAUCAGACAGUGCAGAAAACCGGACUUCCGUAAUUCUGGGAUUGCGUUUUGCAACUUGUCUCCAGGUUGGCACCAAGCCUCGGGUCGGUAGGGAGUUGGGACCUGCGGCCAGCGCAGCGGGUGAAGGAGGUCCGCGAGCAGCCCCGAGCACUCCUGGCCAUGUCGCCUUUAAUGCCCUGCCCCUUUGCGUGGCCUUCUGAGGGUUUCCAGGGCUGGCCGGGGUUGCUACCCACCCGUGCGCUCUCUGUCACCCCCAGCCAACCCCAGCGGGCAAAGCUCCCCCGAGCCGAGACCUUUUGACUCCCUGCUCCCUCGCUCCCGCCUCCGCCCCCGCCCGGGGGUGGCCCUCGAGACACGGACCUCGCCCAGCCCAGCAGAGACCAUGGUGUUUCUCUCUGGAAAUGCCUCCGACAGCUCCAACUGCACUCACCCGCCAGCACCGGUGAACAUUUCCAAGGCCAUUCUGCUCGGGGUGAUCUUGGGGGGCCUCAUCAUUUUCGGAGUACUGGGGAACAUCCUCGUGAUCCUCUCCGUGGCCUGCCACCGGCAUCUGCACUCGGUCACUCACUACUACAUUGUCAACCUGGCCGUGGCCGACCUUCUACUAACCUCCACCGUGCUGCCCUUCUCUGCUAUCUUCGAGAUCCUGGGCUACUGGGCCUUUGGCAGGGUCUUCUGCAGUAUCUGGGCGGCGGUGGAUGUCCUGUGCUGCACCGCGUCCAUCAUGGGGCUCUGCAUCAUCUCCAUCGACCGGUACAUCGGCGUGAGCUACCCGCUGCGCUACCCCACCAUCGUCACCCAGAAGAGGGGUGUCAUGGCUCUGCUCUGUGUCUGGGCGCUCUCCCUUGUCAUCUCCAUCGGGCCUCUGUUCGGCUGGAGGCAGCCGCCCCCUGAGGAUGAGACCGUCUGCCAGAUCACCGAGGAACCCGGCUACGUGCUCUUCUCUGCGCUGGGCUCCUUCUACCUGCCGCUGGCCAUCAUCCUGGUCAUGUACUGCCGGGUCUACGUGGUGGCCAAGAGGGAGAGCCGGGGCCUCAAGUCUGGCCUCAAGACCGACAAGUCGGACUCGGAGCAAGUGACGCUCCGCAUCCAUCGGAAAAAUGUCGCGGUAGGAGGCAACGCGGGGCCCAGCGCUAGAAACAAGACGCACUUCUCCGUGAGACUCCUCAAGUUUUCCCGGGAGAAGAAAGCGGCCAAAACUCUGGGCAUCGUGGUCGGCUGCUUCGUCCUCUGCUGGCUGCCUUUUUUCUUAGUGAUGCCCAUUGGGUCUUUCUUCCCUGAUUUCAAGCCCUCAGAAACAGUUUUUAAAAUAACAUUUUGGCUCGGAUACCUAAACAGCUGCAUCAACCCCAUUAUAUACCCAUGCUCCAGUCAAGAGUUUAAAAAGGCCUUUCAGAAUGUCCUGAGAAUGCAGUGUCUCCACAGGAAGCAGUCUUCUAAACGUGCCCUGGGCUAUACCCUGCACCCACCCAGCCACGCCCUGCAGGGGCCGCACAAGGACCUGGUGCGCAUCCCCGUGGGCUCAGGAGAGACCUUCUAUAAGAUCUCCAAGACGGAUGGGGUCUGUGAAUGGAAGUUUUUCUCUUCCCUGCCCCGUGGAUCGGCCAGCAUUACAGUGUCCAAAGACCAAUCAGCCUGCACCACAGCCCGGGUGAGAAGUAAAAGCUUUUUGCAGGUCUGCUGCUGCAUGGGGCCCUCGACACCCAGCCAUGGAGAGAUCCAUCAAGUUCCAACAAUUAAGAUCCACACCAUCUCCCUCAGUGAAAACGGGGAGGAAGUCUAGAGGACAGGAAAGGUCAGAAGGAAUGGGGGAUACUCUUAGGCACCCACUCUGCUUCCUACUCGAAAGGCCAGUUCACUCUUCCUGGAUGAUGAGACAGGACCCUGAAACCAGGGACCAUCUGGGAAUGGGGUGGGGGAGGAGGCCUAACUCUUGGGCAAUGGGUAGAGCUCAGGGAGGAGGGAGGACAUCACAACCACCCAGUUCCAAAUGAGGAUAAACAGCACUUCCUUGAGGCCAAAGUUCUCUCGGGCAUCCUUCUCCAUGACUGGCCCUUUCAACGAAAACCACCAUGGGAAACAGAAUUUCAUACACAAUCCAAAAGACUAUAAAUAUAGGAUUAUGAUUUCAUCAUGAAUAUUUUCAGCACACACUCUAAGUUUGGAUCUAUUUCUUGGUGGAGUGAGGGGAUUUAUUUUCAGGCUACACUUACUGACAGCCACGUUGGAUAUUUAUGGGGAGAGGGCCGGGAGAGGAAGAGUCUUAAGAUGGUGGCUGAUAUCCACGCACAUUUUUUUUUAGAGCAAGUUCUAAACUCCACCACUUCUGAUACAUCCACUGUAUCAGCUUGGGGGAACCUUGACAGAGAUUUACCUUUUGCUGCAAUCUGACUGGAUACUGUACCUGAUGCCUUCUAAGGAUGAGGGUGAGGGGCAUUCAUUCUGUUUCUGAACUUAUGGAGACACAUCCUCUAUGCUUGGGUUUUAGAGAGCGUUGAAAGAAUCAGUCAGUGGAAAGAUGGCUUUUCCUAAUAGAAGACAGGAGAGAUGAGGGUCAUUUUUUUCAACUUAACUACUAUGGACACAAUUCCAUCAAGCAGUUCCAAGAUCAGAUGGGAGAAGUCUUUCUGUGGAGCAUAUUGAAAGAUCAAGUGGUUGGGGUAGGAUGCGAGUGGGUGUUAAUUUCAUGCUCAAGUAGAAGCUUUAAAAUUACCCCACACUUUUUUGACAUGGCCUCGUAAGGCCUUUCUUGGCAAAUCACUUACACUUUUCUAGAACUCCAUUGUGAACAUUCACAGUGUAUAGUGUUUUGAAAGGCACACCUUGACUUCCAUUUUUCCUCAGCUGCUUCACUAUUACAUAAUGAGCAAGGUUCAAGGUCCCCAGUGCACCUGUAGCAUGUUGGGAUGAGCCUUAUGAUCCAGGUGCAUCCUUCAUGAAAUUUGAGAGCUACACAUGCUUAGCUUAGGAAGAUACUGACUGACUAAUCACCAAAAGCCCAUCAAAAUUAGGAGUUUGCAAAGAGUUUUUGACAGACAACCAUUUAUUCUGGCAAAAGAUCCAGUAGCCCAUUAUAUCCAUCUAUUUCCUCUUUCUACAGAAACAUGCUAUUUUUCACUUUAUGUAUGCCAAAUACAUAUUUGGUAAACCUUAAUAACUCAGUAUAAUACUAAAGACGAAGGUGGUAACUAUAUGUAAAAAUUAAAAUAUUUUUCACAUUCCACAAUAAGAAUUUAAAAUAAGAUUUGUGUUUUUGGAAUAAUGCUUGACUAGAAUCACUGGUCUAAAACGACUGACCAAUUUGGUAGCCUCUUUCCCCAUAUUUGGGUAAUUUUCUCUAAGAAUUUUGAAGCAGGUUAUAGAGCCAUUAUUUAACCUUGAUGACAAAGAUAGUGGCCCCAUCAUCUUUUCCUUCUUCCCUUGCAACAAAAUGAGAAUUUCCUUAAAUCCUUCUGAAAGCCUAAUAUCUUUGCCUAGUGCCAUGGAGUGUAAGUUUGCAUGUGGAUUUGAGUUUGGUUGUUGCUGUGUUUGGACACAGAAUAUUACUGCUUCCUGGAGGGUGUCUUCUUGUUGACCAGGUAGACUCUGCCUUGUGCUCAUCAUUUGAAUUCUGGCAUUUGAUGUAGGCUGGAUUUUUAGUCUCUUUUUGUCUGUCUGCCUGUCCGAUAACCUCUACCAGAUGUGGGUGUCCUAUUAUGGAUGUAGGUACCAGGGAAGGACUUGAAUAUGCAAACCUCGCUUCUCUUCUGCCUUAAUAGGAACAAUACGUUUCAUUGCUGAAAAGAAGUUCUUUCAGUAUCUGAAUUUAAAAAACAAAAAAAUCUCUUUUGCCAGGCUCCCACCUUAGAGGAAGAGCACCCCCAUGAAAGAAUGCUACUAGUUUUUCUUCACCAAAAUCUGGUUCCAUGUUUGAGAUGAUCUUUAAACACCUUUAUGGACAAAUUUAAAUGUUAGACAUUAGAAAGCUUAAGAUCCCCAGAAUGCUAGCAUGAAUGCCACUGCUAAUCAAAAUAAACUACUAAAGAAUCUUUCCGCCAUCAGAGUAAAAGCCAUGACAAUUGUAUUCAUGUAAAACUAUCCAUAAAUAAUUGUCCGCUACACUCUUCUCUAACCCCACUCCCUCCAGGGAGGCAAACUUUAACAUUAUUUUCCUUUCCCAUAGCACGAUAUUAUGUAUACACAUGCCAAUUUUACAAGAAAUUAAUAAUGUCACCCAAGAUUUCAUCAAAGUGGGAUAAACAAUAUACAAGUUAUUUUUUACUCAUCCACAAAAAUCUCUGUACCUUUGAGCAUGCCAAAAACUAUCUAAAAUUGUCACAGUUAAACAAAUGAUUGUCAUAUUUAUACUCACAAGUUUACUGCUUCUAUUUAGAGUUUGAAGAAUUUACCCAGAGCAACAGUCCUCAAAAUGUCUUCGCUAAUGCAUCUAAAAAGCAGUUGCUUUGGCAUUGCCUCAACAUCACAAAAAGUCAACUUGACAUUAUGGGACAGGCGAAAUCUGAGUUUCUUCUGCAAUUCAAAUUGCAUGCAUUAAGAGAGACCUUGAAUCUCUUUAUCCACAAAUGUUUCCAAGCUUUUGCAAGGAUUUCAUAUAAGCAUUUUACUUGUCACAGUUUUCAUUUUGCCUCUGUCGUAGCUCAUCCAAGACGGCUUCUGCCUGUAACACUCAAUCAGUGUAUGCUAACACUCUCCAAAAUACUAAAGCUUCCAGCUCUCUCACCACUUACUUGAAUUGAUCCAUCCAUGGUAGACAGCGAUAUUUGGGUAAAUAAGUAUUUUCUUAAGGCUUUUUUGUUAGGUGCUGCUGUGUGCCAGGCAUCUUUUAGAGAUAAAAACUGAUAGUGAAGAGUGAUUAAGGACUGGCCCAAGGCCAAGAAGGAACCGGGAUUCAAUCCUGGGUCUCCCUAACACUAAAGGUCUUUGUUGUUUUUUUUCUUUCACAUCACCCCUGCCUCAUAAACAGUGGGGGUAAAAGCCACCCCCCACCCCCACCCGCUUGGGACCGGGUAUGCUGAGGAUACUUAACCAUACCCAAACUUUUUAAUGUUUUGUUUCUUUGGGAUUCGCCUUCUAAUUAACUUCAGUUAAUAUGCUGCCAAUCUUCAUUCCAGCCAAACCCAAGAGCAGGUCAUAAAUGAAAGGGUUUGGUGCCCACAAUUCCAUUAGACUGCGUCACUUUCUUAGUGAUCAUGGCCUGGAAUGUUAUUCAGGACUUGCAAGAAGGACAAAUUAUAUCAAAUUGAGAGAAGAUGGGCAUAUACAAGAAUGCAGAGGAGGCCACAUUGGCCUACAACAGCACAGCACAGCUGCGGAUGCGACACACACUGUGUAGUGUGCUGACGUUGUUGAUUACCAAGCACAGUUAAUCAGCACACUUUCGGGAAGUAGAUCCCUUUUUAAAGUAAAUAAAAACAUAUACGACACCACUCUUCUCAGCUGUGUUCCAACAUUUUUUUUUUUGAGUUGGAGAAAGAAAGAAGGAAUGAUAGGUAUUUCACCAGGAUUACACAGCGCUCAGAGAGUAUGUGUUAAGCGCAUGAGGGUCAUGUCUGUCGCGGUGGGGUCAUGGUUCAGAAUGCUGACUUCCAGGUAGCCCCAGACCUAGGUAACUUAGUAGAUGGCAUCCCCAUGCUCCUGGAUUUCCUUUCACAAAUGAAAGUUCUACGUCCUGAGCAUCUUGGCUCCCCUGCCUCUACACAGUGAAUCAUCCCGUAGACCUGACUGAGUAGGUUUUACGGUUAUGGCCUGGGUGUGACAACAUUUUAGGAACUAUUUGCUUAGAAAGGUAAUUAUUCAGUCUUUAAUUACAGCUACUUCCUCACAGCUUGGCACACAUUCUCACUUGUUUCUGGGGCUGGUUCUGCUCAGGUCCUCUUGCCAAAAGAGAUGCUGCCUCUGCAUAAGGGAGUACUUGUUGAGUUAAUUAAGGAAACAGCCCUGCUCAUCAGCAAAGGGAGAAGGGAGCCCAAGUGCAUGGAAGGUAAACUCUGCAAGCAAGAACAGGGGGACGAAAAAGAAGGCAGAGGUGGUAACUAUGGAGACAACAUCAGAAGUAUGCUCACUUGUUACUCUGGUUUCUUUUUACACUACUAGGACUUUUAAGCAUGAAACCACCUGCACACAGCUCCAGUGGAGCCCGGUUGGAACGGUUUGCAUCUGCUCCUUAUCUACAAACUGUGCUGUGGAGCAGGGCUGAGCCCAGGCUGCUGCGGGGUCCACCAUCUUCAAAAAGCAAUGGCAGCAGUGGCCUCCAGGCCUCCAAAGUCCCUGCAAGAUGAGUGAGUGGAGAUGACCACUGGGGGACGGGGCUGGCAAAAACAAGUCAGGAUUUCAGCAGAGGAUCCCCGGCCCCUGGCCAGUGCUCCCAUCAGCGUUACCUCAUUCACGCUCCCCCAGACCCAAAUGUCAGGGGGCCUGAGGAUGGACCUUAUCUGCUCUGUGGGGGCUGUUGAGAAAGAGAAGGAAGACUUAACCACGGACACUGCUCAAAGGCAGGAAGGAUGGUUCAGUAAUAUGUUGCUGCAACUGAUGAGCAAGGAACUGCCCUAAAGCUGAUGCUUAGUGGUUUCCAAAGACAAAGUAGUUGUCUUUCCUUUUCGUGUGGCUCAGGAGUUAUUACAUUACUUUCUGUCCCUAUCAUAGACGACACCGCCACGGCAUACGCUGGAGGCGAUUAUUGCUAAAUUAUGAGGAAUUCAAACUUAAUUAGGUAAAAAAAAAAUCUAAGAGCAAAUUUGUACUGUAUUUGGAGAAAAAAAUAAUAAUAAAGGCACUAUUAAAAAGCCUGAAUAUAGUAGGUGCAUUUAGAUGCAAUAUUAAAGACGUGAACACAGAGAAUCCCAACGUUAGUUUAAUACACCCUUCUGUUUAUCCAAUACUUCAUGCUUGUCAAAGUACUUCUGCUCGUCUCAAGUCAUUCCUGAUUAUUAUUCCAUAAUACAGAUUCUCUGCGCUUAGCAUAUGAAGAAACAAGGUGGAUGGGGAGAGGUUUAAGGAUUUCUUUGAAUAGCCCCAAAGCCAGCCUCUGACUCCUUUUUCCAUGAGCCUUCAAUAUCCCCAAGGUCCACUGUGUUUCUUGAGACCCUGACUUGCAUAUUUUAUUCCUUCCUUGCUGAUCCAUAUUUUCAGCUUGAUUUGCACCUUCUCUCCUGCUCCAGCUCAGCCAGACACUGGGCAGUACAAGUUUGUUCUAGGAGCCCAGCGCUUGUUUGUCUAUGCUUCUCUCAUUGGUUAAAAGACAAGAUGAUGCCAUUCUGCUCACUCCCUAGAUAGGCAGCAGGCGAGCUAAGGAAACAGCAGGGCAGGGGGCUCUUGGCUUGCACGAAGGGUGACACACAAAGCAAAGCCAGCAGUGACUGACACCUUAAGGACCUCAGGAAUGCAAAGGUCCCAAAGGUUGUUUCAAGACACUCCUUUCCCAAGGAGCCUGAGGGUCCCUGUAUACACCCUGAUCGCGACCGCCAAUCAGCAAGCCUCUCACUUCCUCUCCUGCACCAGAAUGCACUUGGCAUGAAAAAGACCGAGAAGCACAGACAGUCCCCAGCUUAUGAGCUGGGCGUGUUCCAAGCUCAUUUGUUGCAAGUCAAAAAUGCAUUCUUCCAAGAGACUUUGUUAUAAAUGGAGGAGACGAAGGGUGUUUCCAGAUGAACCAAAGAAUAAAGAUCUAUUUAAUGUAUACCAGCGGGUGACAAACUUUUCCUGUAAAUGGCAAGAUAGUAAAUAUUUUAGGCAUUGUGAGCCACGUGCUUUCUGUCACAAAUUCUUCUUUGUUUAAUUUUUUUUUUUUGACAACCCUCUAAAACUGGAGACACCAUCCUUAGCUCACAGGCAUGGGCCAGAUUUCGCCAUGAGCCAUAAUUUGCCAUCCCUGAUCUACGUAUCACUAGCUUACAGUCUAGUGCGAAUAAUGCUAAGCAGUGGGUUUUGGUGUUCAACACGCAAGCAUCUGUUUUUAAAUAUGCCAUCGACACAUCCCCACUUGACUACAUUAGUGUUCCCAACCUGCAUGAAUUGUUAGAUAAAGCGACAAUAUUCAAGGGUGCGACCUGUCCACCCAAAAGGAACACUUUAGGAUAUCACUGUGAUUUUCUAGAGGCAUCAGGAUAAGAGGGAAGCCAGCACCACCCCCUCCCACUGUUGGAUUCUGUAGAACAGGCAGGUCAGCAGAGCCCAGGGGAGUCCACGGAGUCUCUCGGCUCUUUACCUCAUUGGCAAUAUCCCCCCCAGCACUGCCUGGCUGGCUCUGAGAGCAAACACAGCUGACAGGUACCAUUUGACCAGAGUCCAUGUGAAGUCCCUCCCAGGCCCCUGCUGAUCCCCACAGGCUUUCCAGCCACACUCAACCCCUCGGGAAGGCCUCCUGACCACAGUGUCCCUUCUCUCCAGCGCCUCUUUUGAUGCCCUGUUUUGUGGUGAGCUCCAGGGGAGACCCUCCAAGGCCCAAGUGCAGGGCACUGUGGUCAGGCCUUCCCGAGGGGCCAAGUGUGGCCUGAAAGCCUGUGGGGAUCAGCAGGCUGCAGACAUCUGGGAGGGACGUCAGGGCGUUGUCCCAAAGACAAAUACUGGUUUCUAACAGGUUUCUUCUCCUCCACCUUUUUCUUCUUCUUUUCCUUUUUGUUUAAGUCUGAAAUUGCCUAAGUAGACUCGAAAUGGAAUUACUAUGGGAAAAACGUAGUUAACCUCCCCUGGGAUGACAAAGCCUUAUUUCUCUGAGCUAACACUUUGUCGGGGUGUGUGUGGGGGUACCUCCUCUCCCCGGUGCUGACAGGCAAUGAGGGAGAGCGAGGCGUUCUCGGUGGGGAGCUAGGUGUGCAGUUCCCGUGGCCUGGGGCAGGAUAGGGUGUCUGCAGCGUUGAGGAAUUAGACUUUCCGACCAGCUCGGGCUGGGGUCUGAAAUGGUGACGGAUGCAGAACUGAUAUGGAAAGACCUGGAAGGAUCGAGGCCAGUUAUGGCACCAUGGCCUCCACUGGGCAGAGAAAGGAAGGCUUGGGCCACCACUGUGUGGCAGCUUCCCUUCCCUGCUCCUGUCCCCUGUCUGGCUUGAUCCUUUUCCUUUCUUCUCUCCAGCUCCUGUCCUUUUCCCUUCCUCUCUGUACAUCAUUCCACCCUCCACGUCUUGCCAAAUUUACAGGCAAUGACCAACGGUGGGGUGAGUGUCCUUACUCCAGUGGGUGCCAGGUCCCGUGAGAUACAGUGUUCCACGCAUAGCCGUGGGUGACAAGGUGGGGCUUCCCUCGGCACCUCCGUCCCCUGCCCACAUCAGGCAUCAGGCCGGGCAGCGGGGCACUGAGAGCUUGGCCCUCGCAGUCUCCAGGGAGCCCAGAGCAGGAGACAGGCCCGCAGGGUACGGGCACCCUCAAGGCCCUCCCCAAGGACUUUUAACCUCUAUCCACAUUGCUGUCUUUCUAUUCUUAUACUAUUAAUGCCGAAUGAAGGGCACACACGUAUGUGUAAGUCACGUUUGAGAAAGAGCUGGUAGUCAGGAGUGAAGUGGUGUCUGUCCCCUCCCCCAGACGUGUCCGUCUUCUUACAGCUGCCACCCCUCACCCACUGACAAUUUAAAACCCUCUGACAGUUUUUAAAGCCUCACAAAGUCACCUUCUCUUUCUCUUCUUACUCAUCCUUUGUCUCUUGACUUUGUGGGGUUUGUGUUUUUUUCCGUUUCACUUUCCCUUAAGUCCUUCAAAGCCCUGAUUAAUCUCGUAAAGUAAACUUGGUCUCAUGUUAGCAUGAAGCAAUGAUUAAUCAGCCAGAAGGUGGAGCCUAAGCUGAACUCAGCUGGGUGAAAGGCGUUCCUUCUUUCCUGGUGCUCAGGGCUCCCUGUCUCUGUCUCGCCAGCCCAUCUGCUCCUGGAACUUGUUCACAGGCUCGCUCUAUCCUCUUAUCAAACCCUUGCACCAGGAGCCUUUCUACUCCAAGCGAAGGGUCCUCCCUCCCAAAUGUGCCCCUGCUUCUGCUGGCAUAGCUCAAUGCAUCUGCAAUCUCCCUGUGCUCAGGCUGUCAUAGCAAAGUACCACAGGUUGGGUGGCUUAAACGACAGACACUUAUUCUCUCACAAUGCUGGAGUCUGGAAGUCUGAAAUCAAGGUGUUGUCGGGGCUAUUUCCUCUGAGGCCUCUCUCUUUGGCUUGCAGAUGGCUGCCUUCUCCCUGUGUUUUCAUAUCAGCUUCCCUCCCAUAUGUCUGUGUCGUAAUCUCUUCUUCUUGUGAGGACACCAGUCAGAUUGGAUGAAGGCCCAUCUAAUGACCUCAUUUAACUUCAGUCACCUCUGCAGAGACCGGAUCUCCAAACACAGCCACAUUCUGAAGUCCUCGGGGUUAGGAUUUCAAAAUAUGAAAUUUAGAGGGACACAAUUCAGCCUAUAACACUUUCCUUCCCACUCUCUCUUUUUAGCCCAUAAAAAUUGAUUUAUAGUUCUUUUCCCAGAUCAGAAGUUCAAGUUCAGCACUUCCUAACCACCCUAAGUUCCUACAGCAACUGUAUGCAAAAUGCAUUUGGCAACUAAUCGUGCACUUUAGUAUGAUCUUUCUGUUGCUUUUUAAAAUGUACACCUAUUUUUUUUCUCACUUUAAAAUAUACUUUACACUGUACCUAUAUAGGUUCUGUCUUCUCAACUAGAUUAAAACUGGAGGGCAGGAACUGUCAUAUCAUUUUGUAUGCCCAUUGCUGUCCUCGGCCCUUGGGUGGUCAUAUCUGAGGACCGGGAUCCCUCCUGAGCAAGGAGAGCGGGGACAACGAGGAGCAAGGGACAAGAUCCACGCAGUCGUUACAGGCAGGGGCUGGGAGACGAGGUUCCCGGGGACUUUUGAUACCAGAUGACCCCCUGGGCUUCUGAACAGUUACAGUGAGAUUCUCAUCAGAGGUGCAGAGCACAGCCUUGGGGAAUCCCAGGUGAGUGCUACCUCGAGUCAGGCAAGCCCAGGAGUCCCCCAGGAGACAACUGCAUCCAGAGAAACAGAGCUCCAUCACUGAAUGAGACAGACCCUAGACCCUGAGAUCAAGGUGAGUCAGCAAGACGGGAUCAAGAACCAAUGGCAGAACUCAGCCCCGGGAGAUGGGUCACUGAGGCGCCCAGAGAAGGCUGCGGUCACUGUGGGGCCCCUAUCCUGGUGAUGGGUGAGUAAACGCUAUUUCAGUGACAUCUGCCUUCCAUCGGGAUGAGCUUGGAAAGGAGGUGCCAGCAAGCCUUAAGGUAGCUUUUCUCCUCCUUUGUCUCACAGCCUAAGUAGAGGAAAGGGAGCUACACUGACUUGAUUGGCUAUGAGGAUGCAGGCAGCCUUUCCUACUCAAAGGCAUUUAAUGCAGGCCUUCUGUCUCCCACUAGGACUGCCUAAGCCUCAGGGACCACAAUGGUACAGUCAUAACUGCUGCCCCACCUGCCUCUUGGGCACAGCUGCCCAUUCUGCGUGGCCUUAGGGUACCUGGGCCUGGUCAUCUUGCUUCUCUUAAGAAAUUCUGUCCCAUUUCUGUUUCAUCAACCCACCCGACCCCCUUACUGUAAACAAAUUUACUGCCCACAUGGUGCUUCCCUGACAGCAGUAGACUGAUGUCUUCUCUUUGCCUGGUUCCUGCUGAGAAGCAAAGAGCAUUUAUCCUCAUUUGGAAGAAUCGAGACUGCACUCACUGCAUUGCAUCUGCUGUCCUGCUUUUGGGGCAGAGAAUAAUGCUGCUUUGGUUUCCUGUCCCCCUGUCCUCUCCCCAGGGACACUGACAUUAAAAGGGUUUCUGGUCCCACAUGAUCCACAAGGAAUGCCCUUGUUGUCUAGAAUAAUGUGGUUCACCAGCUUCAGUACGAUCUGGAAAUCACAAGAGGGAAAAAAAUAACAUGACAAGGCCUGCCUACAAAACUAUUAAGUGUAUUUAGGCCAAAACCAUCCCAAAACAGGUCUGAAUGAGUGUAGCAAUGGUUUGUUGAUUUAUCCACUCAAAAAACCCCUUUCUCCCCUAUUCUGGUCCCCAUUCCUUUUGCUAAAUCCAGCCUUAGCUUUCAUAAUGAAAAGAUUUCAGCUCUGCAGCUUGGCUAAUUAAAGUCUCAAGGGUGAGAAGGCCCUGGACUCAUUAAUCAAAAGCUGAAUGCCUCAGUCCACAGUGCCUCCCGCACCCAGCCCCUGUGUCAUAGCAGAGGUGACAGUCAUUGUAAAGAGCAGGGAAAGAGAGAGCAUGGGUGAAUGAGUGGGCAAACGACCCGCUUUAAUCAAAAAUAGGGAUACCCAAAUUCAGUCUGGCAAAAUAGGGAGACUAUUAAAAAGUAAGCUGAUGAGGUAUUUUUAAGAGCAAAACAAGCAAGUAUGACAAAUAUUUAAGUAACAACUCAUGGCUAGUUAUCUACAUACUUUCUUAAAGGGGGUAAACAUUUAUUAGGAAGCAAUUGAAUUAAAAAUAGUGGGCGCCCACACUUGCUGUUGUCUCCAGCAGUUCACCGGACCCUCUGCUUCCUUAUUCUGAACAUCACACACACCCCUCAGACCUAAACUUAGGCAUGUGAGCGCUGACAUUCCACAACAGAGAUUUUGCUUCAGCCUUUAAAGCCUGAACCCAAACACAUGCUAUCUUCAUCAGAUGUGGAAGGAGGAAAAUAGCUUGUCGUCUCUGGGGUAUAACAAGUCACAAGCAGUGCACUUUCCCGUAUUACGACGCCGACUGAACCCAAUACUGCAGGCCAUGAAAUGAGUUUGCACGGUGACGAAGUAUGCAGCGAUACACUGGGAAUAGCAAAAAUUACAUUUUGGAGCAUUUACUACGUGCCAAGCCCUUUGCACAUUUUGAUAUGGUAAAAGGUAAGACCUUACAGUUACAUUACAAAACCAAUGUUUUCACACUGAGAACCCAUACAGUGAUAUGGGUGUGAAAAGAGGAAAGACAGGAACAGCUGUAGGGAGUUCGGGGAAGGGAGAAAAACUGGGAAAAGCUGAGCCUCCUGUGGACGUCUUCCUGGAGUUCACCUGUGCUGGCCACUCGCUUGCUAACCCCUUGGCCUGACCUUACCAGCUCCACCCAGAGCCAGUCACAGGAGGGGAACUCGAAGGAUCUUGUUAAGGGGUGCUGUGGGAAGAGCGGGCCUAAUUUCAGGCCCCAUCUCUGUACCUAACUGAUUGUGGACAAGUCAUGUGAGCCCUCUUGACCUCAUUUUCUUUGCCUGUGAAAUGGGGUAGGCAAAUGAAAUGGAGUAAAGCAUAUGAAAUCCUAGUAGGCCCCAGUAAAUGCUAGGCUAGCACUCUUUCCUGCUCUGCAUUUCCCCUCCCGAAUGCUAUCUAAAUAAAGCAUUGUUAUCAAUUAGGUCACCUUUAAGGUAUCUGAAAGCACUGAAAACUCCACAUGCAGGAAACGACAGAAUAAGUCUUUCCGUUUCCUUUGCUCUUUCUCCUAGUUGAGGUUAAGCUUCCAAAAGUUGGUCAUCACCACCAGCUCAAGACACAAAUGACCCUUUCAUUAGAAAGGAAGUACCAAACGGGUGUUGUACCAUUGUGUGGGUGCUUUCAUUCCUAAAUUGAGGGCACUAGACACCAAAUUCCAAGUUUUAGUUACUUCUUUCCCACCCCGAUUCCCCACUGUGCUAUUUUCUGUGAAUUGGAAAUAUCCCUGCCAGAACAUUUGCUUUAAUUUUUAAGAAUCAGACUCACUGUGUUAGUUUGAAGCUUUCCACCAAGCUUUCAGGCUAUAGACAGCCCCAAACAAAGGGACCCAGUGCUGGUGUUUGUAAUCUUUCUUACCUUGGCUACUUACUUGGCAUACGAAGUAUUUUGUUAUCAUAGUUGUUCUAUGAAAGACACUAUAUAGAAUGCUGUCAUUGUAUAAAAGAUGUGUGUGUGUUUGUAGAACCAAUGUUAGGAGAAAGAGAAGUAAUCCUGGCCACUGGAAGACAAUAGAGCAUUUAAAGCAAAGCUUGGGUUGAAAAUCAUCUCAGAAAAUAGAUCUGGGCAAUGCUUGGCCUGGAUAACUGUCAAAAGCAAGUAUUUACAAGACAAAACAGCAAAUUCCUAGGCGUGACCCAAAAGCAGCUUUAAUUUCAGCUGGAAUUGAAAGCUACAUCAUGGGAGCUCCAGCUCACGGUCGCAGCUCCAAUUUCAAGUGCUGCCAGUGAGAGCGGGGACAUGUCCGUGGACCCUUUAAAUGAUCUCCAGGACCCUCCUGAGCAGGUGGCUUGACAGGAAAGCCCAUCCUGCAAGCUCAGCUCACCAUGACUCAGCCUGUCUAGAGCAGUCAGCUGUCCUCAAAGGCUGUGUUUGGCAGGGACCUGCCACCAUCUCCCUGCCAAAUGGGCGCUCAUGACUCAGAAUCUCAAACCCGUUUUAAAUGGAAGGGAAAAGUCACUUUUGGGGAUGAGGUUCUUGUCCCAACUCUGCUUUGAACAAACACAGUCUACGUCUAUUUCGGUCUUCUGGGUUUGGAGAAGCAACUGCCUCUCCAAAAAAAGGGUGAACGGGCUGGUGUUGGCCCAAAUGAAAAAGCUCUUUCAGUGCUGGGAGAAGGAAAACAGAGCAUCCCCGCAUAGGGAACAGAAUGUGACUGGGCCGGCAAACAGGGAAACAAGCCUAGGCCGCGGUUGAUAAAGCGCCCGCUCUACCAAAGUCUGUUCUUGUAAAAAUGGAUACACUGGAUUGGGAGUAAGAAUUCUUCCUCUACAGAAGGAUAACAUUUUGGUCAUGUUGAUGCAUGAUGCCUAGUAUAUUAAAAGUAUUACUAUAAUUCAUUAAAGGUCCAUGUGUCGUGA